GGAGGGAGCAGUCGGCCGAAUGGAUUGUCUCUUCAAUUCAAAUGCAUGUUUCGUGUCUUGAAGGGACUAUUUCAAAACAGAAGAGAUUUCGUUUUAAUUAAGGCACACUUCGUUGUAUUCUUUUUACGUCAUGGCGGACCGUGGCGUGGAUUUGUCCGGUAUACCGAAAGAGGUUCGAGACCAUUUGGCGGAGUUGCAAUUGGAGCUAUCGGAAGGUGACAUCACACAGAAAGGCUAUGAGAAGAAACGAGCCAAGCUGCUGGCCCCCUUCCUCCCUCAGAUCACCAGUGUGGAGUUAGCUCUCCCAGACAUCCAGCAGCAGUCGUCCUCCGGCCCUACCAGUGGUGAACCCAGCCCUGACUGUAGCCCUGCCAGUCCUGAGGCCUCUAGCCCCUCGUCUUCCUCCGGGGGGCGCAGAAACCGCAGCGGGGGGGCCAGGGACGACCGCUACAGAUCAGAUAUCCACACGGAGGCGGUACAGGCAGCGUUGGCCAAACACAAGGAGGAGAAGAUGGCGUUGCCCAUGCCCACCAAGCGCCGCUCAGCCUUCGUCCAGUCACCUGUAGACAACUGCACCCCUCCAGACACGUCGUCAGCAUCUGAGGACGAGGGUUCCCUGCGUCGCCAGGUGGCUCUGAGUGCAGUGCUGGCCCAGAGCCUCCAGAGCCCAGAUUACUGGAUAAACCGCUCAGUGCAGAGCUCCUCCACCUCCUCCUCCGCCUCCUCCACCCUGUCUCACGGAGAGAAUAAGACUCCCACUUCCGCGCUGGCCGACAUACUGGCAAGCACACGCAUAGAGAACAGUGUCCCCCCAGACGUGACGUCCUCCACCCCUGAGAGGGGUACAAGGGUGGACUCCAGAGUGGACCUGCCCCCCAAUGCUAUGCCCAGGGCGAUGCCCCGAGGACAGAGCCGCACUAGCAUGCUGGAUACCACCGCUGACGGAAAGAGAAAAGGUGUACCAGUAAACAGCCGUGUGUCCACUAAGAUCCAGCAGCUGCUCAACACUCUGAAACGGCCCAAGAGACCUCCACUCAGUGAGUUCUUCCUGGACGACUCAGAGGAGAUCGUAGAGGUGCCCCAGCCGGACCCCAACACCCCCAGGCCAGAGGGCCGUCAGAUCAUCCCAGUGAAGGGGGAGCCCCUGGGGGUGGUCAGUAACUGGCCCCCGGCUCUGCAGGCUGCCCUGGCACGAUGGGGGGCUACACAGGCCAAGAGCCCCGCUCUCACCGCCCUGGACGUUACCGGGAAACCCCUCUACACGCUGACAUACGGUAAACUGUGGAGCCGCAGUCUGAAGCUGGCCUACACUCUGUUAAACAAACUGGGCACUAAGAAUGAACCUGUCCUGAGACCUGGAGAUACGGUGGCGCUGGUGUACCCUAACACUGACCCUGCGAUGUUCUGGGUGGCUUUCUAUGGCUGUCUCCUAGCAGAGGUCAUCCCUGUACCUAUAGAGGUGCCACUGUCUCGACAGGACGCAGGCAGUCUUCAGAUUGGCUUCCUAUUGGGCAGCUGUGGGGUGGACCUCGCCCUGACCAGUGAGAUCUGUCUUAAAGGACUGCCCAAGACUCCCCAGGGAGAGAUCAUGCAGUUCAAAGGUUGGCCCCGUAUGAAGUGGGUUGUGACGGACACCAAGUACCUGACCAAGCCCUCGAAAGACUGGCAGCCCCACAUCCCCACAGCCAACACAGACACAGCUUACAUCGAGUACAAGGCCAGUAAAGAGGGGACAGUGAUGGGAGUAGCCGUGUCUAAGAUAGCCUUGCUGACACACUGCCAGGCCCUGACACAGGCCUGCAACUACUGUGAAGGAGAAACGUUGGUCAACGUGCUGGACUGUAAGAAGGACAUGGGCUUGUGGCACGGGGUGCUAACCAGUGUCAUGAACAGGAUCCACACCAUCACUGUACCCUACGCUGUCAUGAAGGCCUGUCCCAUGUCCUGGGUGCAGAGAGUCCACAUACACAAAGCACGUGUCGCCGUGGUGAAGUGUCGUGACCUCCACUGGGCUAUGAUGGCUCACAGAGACCAGAGAGACACCAACCUGUCCUCCAUACGCAUGCUCAUAGUAGCUGAUGGAGCCAACCCCUGGUCUGUGUCAUCGUGCGACGCCUUCCUCAACGUGUUCCAGUCUCAUGGGUUAAAGCCGGAGGUCAUCUGCCCCUGUGCCUCCUCUCCUGAAGGUCUCACUGUGGCUAUACGCAGGCCUGGUGCCCGUGGUACAGCCCUCCCUGCCAGGGCCAUUCUCUCCAUGGGCGGGCUGAGUCAUGGGGUCAUCAGGGUCAACACAGAGGAUAAGAACUCUGCCCUCACUGUACAGGACGUGGGUCAUGUGAUGCCUGGAGCUCUGAUGUGUAUCGUGAAGCCAGACGGGCCUCCACAGCUCUGUAAGACCGAUGAGAUCGGAGAGAUAGUGCUGAACUCCAGGGCUGGAGGAACCAUGUACUAUGGUCUACCUGGGGUCACCAAGAACACCUUUGAGGUGAUUCCUGUGAACCAGGCUGGAGCUCCGAUAGGAGAGCUCCCCUUCACUAGGACUGGCCUGCUGGGUUUCGUAGGACCGGGCAGUCUGGUGUUUGUAGUGGGGAAGAACGAGGGGCUCUUGAUGGUCAGUGGUAGACGACACAAUGCCGACGACUUGGUGGCCACAGCCCUGGCCGUGGAGCCUGUCAAAACUGUCUACAGAGGGAGGAUCGCUGUGUUCUCAGUAACGGUGUUCUAUGAUGAGAGGAUAGUGAUUGUAGCAGAACAAAGACCAGACGCUAGUGAAGAGGACAGCUUCCAGUGGAUGAGCAGAGUCCUACAGGCCAUAGACAGUAUCCACCAGGUGGGUUUGUAUUGCCUGGCCCUGGUCCCGGCCAACACAUUACCCAAGACCCCCCUGGGAGGGAUCCACAUCUCUGAGACCAAACAGAACUUCCUAGAGGGGAACCUGCACCCCUGUAACAUCCUCCUCUGUCCACACACCUGUGUUACCAACCUGCCCAAACCACGGCAGAAACAACCAGUUGGAGUGGGCCCGGCCUCCAUCAUGGUUGGUAACCUGGUAGCAGGGAACAGAAUGGCCCAGGCUGCAGGCAGAGAGCUGGGGGUGGUGGAGGAAGAGGGCCUGGUCAGGAAGCACCAGUUCCUGUCCGAAGCGCUACAGUGGAGAGCCCAGAGCGACCCUGACCAUGUCCUGUAUGUGCUGCUCAACGCUAAGGGGGCAGCAGUGUGCACAGCCACAUGUGUUCAGCUGCAUAAGAGAGCAGAGAAGAUAACCUCAGCCCUGAUGGAGAGAGGAGGCCUCAACACUGGAGACAACGUGGUGCUGCUAUACCCCCCUGGCAUUGAUCUGAUAGCUGCGUUCUAUGGCUGUCUGUAUGCGGGGUUGAUCCCUGUAACAGUGCGGCCCCCUCACCCCCAGAACCUGGCUGCUACUCUGCCCACCGUCCGCAUGAUCAUCGACGUGAGUAAAGCUGCCUGUAUCCUAACCACCCAGCUCCUCAUGAGGAUCCUCCGGUCCAGAGAGGCUGCUGCCAGCGUCAACAUCAAGACCUGGCCCACUAUCAUAGACACAGACGACCUCCCCAGGAGGCGCCCCCCCCAGCUCUACAAGCCCCCCACAGCAGAGAUGCUGGCCUACCUGGACUUCAGUGUGUCCACCACAGGCAUGCUGACCGGGGUCAAGAUGUCCCACUCAGCGGUCAGUACUCUGUGUCGCUCCAUCAAGCUACAGUGUGAGCUCUACUCCUCACGCCAGAUAGCCAUCUGUCUGGACCCCUACUGCGGCCUGGGCUUCGUACAGUGGUGCCUCUCCAGUGUGUACUCGGGUCACCAGUCCAUCCUGAUCCCCCCUAUGGAGUUGGAGAUGUCCUUACCUCUGUGGCUGAGCACCCUGAGCCAGUACAAGAUCAGAGACACCUUCUGUUCCUACUCUGUCAUGGAGCUCUGCACCAAGGGCCUGGGUACACAGACCGACGCUCUCAAGGCGCGGGGUGUGAACCUGUCAUGUGUGAGGAGCUGUGUGGUGAUAGCAGAGGAGCGUCCCCGGCUGGUCCUGACCCAGUCCUUCUCCAAGCUGUUUAAAGACCUGGGCCUCUCCCCCCGCGCUGUCAACACAGCUUUCGGAUCCAGGGUCAACCUAGCCAUCUGCUUGCAGGGUACUGCUGGACCAGACCCCUCCACCGUCUAUGUAGACAUGAAGUCCCUCCGCCAUGACAGGGUGAGGUUGGUGGAGCGAGGAGCCCCCCAGAGUCUUCCCCUCAUGGAGUCAGGCACUAUUCUUCCAGGGGUGAGGGUGAUCAUCGUGAACCCAGAGACCAGAGGUCCGCUGGGGGACUCUCAUCUAGGAGAGAUCUGGGUUCAGAGCCCCCACAGUUCCAGUGGUUACUACACCAUCUAUGGAGAGGAGAGCUUGCAGGCGGACCAUUUCAACACGCGGCUGAGCUUCGGGGAGCCCCACACCCUGUGGGCCAGGACAGGAUACUUGGGUUUCGUCAAGAGGACAGAGCUACUGGGUGCCACUGGAGAUCGUCACGACGCUCUGUUUGUGGUGGGCCAGCUGGAUGAGACGCUGGAGCUCAGGGGGCUUCGAUACCACCCCAUCGACAUCGAGACCUCUGUGUCCCGGGCACACCGCAGCAUUGCUGAGAGUGCUGUGUUCACGUGGACCAACCUCCUGGUGGUAGUGGCAGAGCUGGCCGGGUCGGAGCAGGAGGCACUGGACCUGGUGCCUUUGGUGACCAACGUGGUUCUGGAGGAGCACCACCUGAUUGUGGGUGUGGUGGUCAUCGUUGACCCGGGGGUCAUACCCAUCAACUCUCGGGGAGAGAAGCAGAGGAUGCACCUCCGGGACUCGUUCCUGGCCGACCAACUGGACCCCAUCUACGUGGCCUAUAACAUGUGAGAUGUGAGGAGGGGGGCCCAGGCCCCAUACACACUGGGGUGUAGGCUGGCUAUGGGGAUCCACUGGGGUGUAGGAUGGCUAUGGGGAUCCACUGGGGUGUAGGAUGGCUAUGGGGAUCCACUGGGGCGUAGGCUGGCUAUGGGGAUCCACUGGGGUGUAGGCUGGCUAUGGGGAUCCACUGGGGUGUAGGAUGGCUAUGGGGAUCCACUGGGAUGUAGGAUGGCUAUGGGGAUCCACUGGGGUGUAGGAUGGCUAUGCGGAUCCACUGGGGUGUAGGAUGGCUAUGGGGAUCCACUGGGGUGUAGGAUGGCUAUGGGGAUCCACUGGGAUGUAGGAUGGCUAUGGGGAUCCACUGGGGUGUAGGAUGGCUAUGGGGAUCCACUGGGAUGUAGGAUGGCUAUGGGGAUCCACUGGGAUGGAGGCUAGGGUAUAGAGGCUCUGAGAGGGAGUCGCUGGACACAGAGAGGGGGGUGGUGGGUGGACUGCUCCUCCCGAGAACGGCAGUGGGACAGGGUGGCAGGGCAGGAAGUGGCAUUGGUGGAUUGGCUUGGACUUGAUUUAGCCACCCUGUUACAGUAACUCCUGCCCCAGUGUUCUUUCUCUCUCGGCCAGAGUCUACUCUCUAUGAAACAGAGACUGUAUUUAUUAAGGUUGUGGAUGGGAGUGAAAUUACAGCACGUCCGUCUGCAUGAGGUUUUGCUGCUUCUUACUGGUGCUUAUCCAACCACUCCCCGCCUCCCUCUGACAGAGUAGGAAGAUGAUUGGUUCCUCCUCUUUGAUUGACACUUGGGUCCACCUAUCAAGAAGGAGAUGUUUGCCAAUACCCACAUUCACUGUCUCUCCCCUCUUCUCUCCCCGACUGCUACUGAUCAAUGAUUUUUAUCCCCAGACAUGAUGAUUGUUGAUCUUGUUUUAUAGAAGACAAAAACGGAGUAGACAUUUGUUUCUCGUCUCAAUCCAUUCCCUGGUUCAGCCUGUACCCUGCUUGCUCCUCUCUACUGAAUGGUCCACAGUCCGUCAUGUUGAUCAGGAUAGGACCGUGGAGCCAACGUGACGAACUGGAAGCUUCCCCCAUGCACUUUAAUCUUUCCUUGUCCUUCCAUAAUCUCUCCUGUCUCUCCUACCUGGUCCCAAAUCUGUUUGUACUGUCUUGCCAACUCCUCAUGUGACAAUGACCGUCGGAGUUGGAAAGACCAUUCAAACAGAUCUGGGACCAGGCGUAUUGUGCGUCCCAAAUGGCACCCUAUUCCCUAUAUAGUGCACUACCCUAUGGGCCUUGGACAAAAGUAGGCCACUAAAUAGGGAAUAGGGUAGUCUAUGUGUCCCCUGGAUAGUCGAUGGGAGACUGUGACCUCCUCUACUCACUUCCAUUUUUCAUCAAGAAAUGCAGAAGAACAACUAAACAAUAUUACAAUCAAUACAAUACCACUCAGUAGCUGUACUUACUGCAGAGCUGUGAUUGGUCGGUCAUCUUACGUUUCUGUCCCAUCCAUCUAGGUUUGUUUUUAACCCUUUACUGCUAUGUGUACUACAAGCUUUCAGACGUGCUAGAAUAAUUCGCUUUUAAAACACACUUGUCAUUGGUUGGAAUGAAAAAGAUGUUCAGCAUAAACAUACCAGCAGCAAACUCGCACAACAAAAUAGACAAGCAGUGUUUAUUUUGGGGACAAUAUUCUAAGUCCUUGAUGUAUGAGCGGGAAUCGUUCCAUGAGAGUUAUCUCAUCGAUCAUGUAAAGAAAAUUUGAAAAUGUGCUAAUUUAUUAAAAAUAAAAAAAACUGA